UGAGAUGUUGACACAGAAAUGAAUUCGGUUUUUUAUGCUCAAGCAUGAUGCAUUUGUUCCAAAGUGAUUCGUUUCGAAAAAUAUUGAGGAUCCUUAACAUUACACUUCUUAUAUCUUUGUGUCGUGAGAUUUACAUUUACAUUUGCAGGCAACACUCCUCGAAGAUCACCGCCUGGUGCAAAAACAUUAGCUAACGUCACCCAAACAUCAAUUGGAUUACGCACGUACAAUGACUACCUCUAUUGGGAGGUGGCUUCCCAGUCGAACAUUUUCUCCACUCGCUAUUUUCAUCGAGACAUUGAUGAAAAUCGGAAUAGGGGCUGCAACCCCUGAUGAUUAUAUAAGCGUGGGCGCACACAAUACUCAGUAUGGUCAUAAUUCAUCGGUGGAGGCGACAACGUUCCUUUCUAACCGAACAUUCAUGCUGGAGCGAGACAAGCUCGUCCCGGACGUGUUAGAUUCUAUACCCAAAGAGGCACUUUUUGUGAGUUACCAUUCGAGGGGGAUAAACUUUGGCAAUCUCGUUAGUUGUUCUGAAGUGGAAAACAUGCCUGUUGUAGUGGAUUGGGAACAUGAAGAUGGUGCCUACUACACGCUUGUCAUGACAGGUCCUGACUACCCAUCACAAAAAAAUCAUACCGACCGAGAAUACCUCCACUGGCUAGUGACGAAUAUCAAGGGAAAUCAUUUCAUGGCUGGUGAUACUCUGGCAGAAUAUUCUGGAGCUACGAAGAAGUAUAUUUCAGAUGCUCAUCGAUUCCUAUUCGUUGUUUUAAAACAGCCCGAGCCAAGUAAAAUGUCCUUUAAUGAAAGGCCAAUACGUGUCCCAUCUCGAAACAAUAACAGAAGAAGGAAAUUCUCCACUCGCAGUUUUGCAAAGAAGUACGGUCUAGAAGUUGUGGCUGCAAAUUAUUACUGGAUUGACCCUAGUAAACCCCUGCCUACAUUUGAGCCGGAGUUCAGCACGCCAAGCGAUUUGACACCGUAAUUCUAUUUUCUUCCGUGUUACGAAUAUUUGACUCACACUGGCUUUAAUAUGGAGACAUGAAAUUUGACUUAAUCUAGAAUCUUCUCAAUUGUCCGAAUCAACUCAACUUACAGUUAUGAUGAAGUUCCAAUUUUAAAUCUAAUCUGAGUCAACCCUGGCUUUGCUCUUAUUGCAAUAUUCGAGGCAUUUAGUGCUUUGCUUUGGUUGCAACAUCGUUAAUAGCGACUAGUCUUAUAAAGACUAUAAUACUUGAUUCCAUUGUAUAUAAAGCAUUAAUUCGUCUUCCCUUUUAAAAACAAUAAUGCGAACCGUUAAACUCUUCUGAAACUCCUAGUUCAGUAAUUUUAACGUAUAUAUUUUUAUUAUCAUUAAAAAGGGAUACCAGAUAAAACUAAUAUUUUAAACGUAUUUACCAAAUAAAUAAUAAGAGCCGAUGGAAAAAAACGAGAGAAACGAAUUUUCUUUAUUGAGGCAAGUAUUGUGAAAGUGCUAAAAUUACUACUUAAGAAUGCAUACUAGUCAUUUGAUUGUGCAUCAUGAAAAAUAUUACGUGUUAAUCUAUAAGGUCUUUGAUCUUUUUGCGAUCAUACAAUAUGAUUGUUAGGUGAUAAAUCACAACCUGAAAACAUACACUUGUCAUAUUAGAACCGAAGAGCCCCAAAGAAAAGAAACAUUAAAACGAGCCUCAAGGAUCGAUUUCUUUCGACUUCAGCUUACUUCCCCCCACCCCCACCCCUUCUAUGUUCCCUUCUUCCCUUUGAAUUUGUAAAGCAUUUGUGGUAGAAUGCUGAAACUACUAAUUAGUAUUUUGCUUUCAUUCAAAGUAUUUGAUUUAUAUUCAUUAGCUAAAUUAAAUGAAAAUAUAUUUACGAAA